CACAUAUAUUUGACAGAGUAUUAUUUAUUUGGGGAACUACAGAACUCUCUGGCCAAAGCCCACUGGCUGACAUUGCCAAUGUUAUCCGCUAGAUGGCAGCAUAUCUCCACGAUUAAUCAGUGAAAGUGCCUUCCUUUCCGAAGAAGAGUAAAGUUCACCGGUUUGAAAGCAUUGCUUUGCCAACUAUAGUGGCGAAUAAGAAUAAUAAAUGAUAUUCAACAGGAGUUAAAAUGUCAGACCAAGGAAAGGAAAUGCUCACCUAGUGCUUUAAAAUGUAUUUCUGCUUGUAACACAAGGUACAUGAGCAUUUUCAUCGACAAAACUUCACUUCCUGUUAACAGUUCUAGAUCCGUGAAUGGAGUUCGAUGUCAGCUAAAACUUCUGAACUAACAAAAUAACUAUUUAUUUAGUCAACGGAAUGCUUCAUCGAAGUCUCGUGAGUGUAAUACGGUGUUCCAGUCCAAAGCGAUUGAUUGCACUCCUGCACCAUCGUCUCCCUCCUGCUGUUAAAUACCUCCAGAGUCUAGAACUACACCACGGCGCACUUCGAAAGUCUACCAUUGGGAAAUCAGCAAAAAGCAGGUGCAGCGCCUCCUCUGGGCCCAUGGAUGAGGAGGAGAAGGGGAGAAAAGGAGGAGGAGGAGGAGUGACAACGACGUCAGAAACAGCAGAGAGGAGAAGAAAAACAGGUGACACAACCAAAGAAGAGGAGGAUGAAGAAGCGGAGAGAGCGGAGGAGGAAGAUGAGGAGAGGAAGCGCUUGAUGAAGGGUUCUGCUCCAGAGACGGCAUCAGGGGGGCCCCAGACGGUGCGACCGAAAUCGGGGUCCCCUACUGGGACUGUCGCCCCAACCACACCCGGGAACCAGGAGCCACGGCUGCCCACCUCCACCUCCUCCACCACCUCCACCACCUCCUCCACGGCGCGCAGGAGCUUCCGGCUGGACUACCGUCACGAGGAGGAGGUGACUCGCUCCCAGCGGGACGCCAGCGGCCGAUUCGUCAACCCCUGGCCAACGUGGAGGUUCCCCUCCUAUGUCACCAUCCUCAGGCUGUUCAUCACGGAGAAGAAUCACAGCAACGUGCCCAGCUCGAAAGAGGUUCUGGAUAAAGAGCUGCCCAUCAUCGAGCCGUUCUUCGUCCGCUCCCCUGCCCCCCAGGCGUCCCUGCCCCCGGGUCAGCUGCGGGCCACCUGGCUGGGUCACGCCACCGUCCUGGUAGAGAUGGACGGUCUGACCAUCCUGACUGACCCCAUGUUCAGCCAGCGCGCCUCGCCACUGCCCCUGGUGGGCCCCAAGCGGUAUCGCGACGCGCCCUGCAGCGUGGAACAGCUGCCUCACGUAGACGCGGUGCUGAUUUCCCAUAACCACUACGAUCAUCUGGACUGGGCCUCAGUAGUGGCGCUGGAGAGGAGGUUCGGACCAGAGCUGCGCUGGCUGGUGCCGCUGGGCCUGUUGGACUGGAUGCACGGAUGCGGGUGCCAGAACGUCAUCCAGCUGGACUGGUGGGAACAGAACUGUGUACCAGGUCAUGAUGAGGUCACAUUCGUCUGCACGCCAGCGCAGCACUGGUGCAAACGCACACCGCUAGACGACAACCGAGCACUAUGGGGGAGCUGGACGGUUCUGGGUCCGUCGUGCCGGUUCUUCUUCGCCGGAGAUACGGGCUAUUGCUCCUCGUUUGCGGAGAUCGGACGCAGAUACGGACCCUUCGACCUGGCCGCCAUUCCCAUUGGAGCUUACCUGCCCAGGAGUAUCAUGCGUUCUCAGCAUGUGGACCCUGAGGAGGCAGUAAAGAUCCACAUUGAUGUCCAGGCCAAGCACUCUCUUGCCAUUCACUGGGGCACCUUCGCCUUAGCCUAUGAGUACUACCUGGACCCUCCUGUGAAGUUGCGGGAGGCCAUGGAGCAGCAAGGUCGUGACCCCCAGGAGUUCUUUACCCUCCACCACGGAGAAUCACGCAUGCUCACCGCACACACACACACACAAGACGUCUUCGAAUGACACACACUCGCUCACACACACACACACACACACGGAGAGUCAUGCACGCUCACCGCACACAUACACACACAAGAAUGUCUUCGAAUGACACACACACACACACAUACACACACACACACACACACACACACACACACA